CCCGAUUGCAUCCUCCCCCACUCAUCUCGGAUACCUGCCGACUCUCGAGUUUUUCAAAUACAAUUUAUCAUGGUUAUCCGAUGGUCUCGAAGCACUCGAUUGUAGGAUGGACAUAAUGGACUACCUCUAUCAAGGUGUCGCAUCGGGCAAGCUACGGAACAGAGAUCGGACGCUCGGAUCGGCAAUGGCUGUCCACAUACUUGAUGGCGGUUCCUCAAUUGAUCCGAUGCAGAAAUCUCUCCUUCUACAUGGCUCUGAGAACCCCUCGACAUGUGUCCAGUCGUGCAUUUCAUGUCCAGUCGCGUAUUUCGAUGCGGCAUGCCAGCGCAAACGGUCCCCUCAACUUGGCCCUGACAGCGUAGUCCGGUAUUGUGUAGUCGCUGGAACCACCAGUCAUCUGGUGGAAAACAAUUCUUCAACGAUCACUGACCCACGUCAGAACAUGGAGGUCGUUGUCCAUGGAUCGCUGGUUGGGCACCGAGGAUGCACGGUUAUGUUGGUGUUCGUGCAGUGUACCUGGAGGAGCAAGUCCCGGCCCUUGCGGCGAGGUGAUCCUGCAUUGGUGAACCAGAACUACCCAUUCUCAACCUAUCCCCUGGACAGACAGGUGGUUCUCCUUGUUUGGACAUCGGAUAUGGUUCUAGGGUCAUUCAAGACAGCUGUAGUGUAGAAUUAGCCACGAC